UUCUUCUCCUGCAAAGCGUGAAGCUUCGGGGUGAUGAAUUCAACGUCUUUCAACCAGUCUUCUCCCAUCACGGGAGAGUUCCCAGCAACCAGCAUGGCACCUACUGAAUUCAGGGCCUUCCUCCAGUCCCUGGGCUCCAGCCAGCUCGUAGUGGCCGAUGGCUCCCAGAUCAAGGCUGACCAGAACCACUCUCAGGACAGCCAGUCCCUCUUCCUGACUACCUCAACAGCCAAAGUCGUCUCUGGUCUCUUUGUGUGGGCUGCUCUUUUCAUCACUUGCCACCAGAUCUUCCUGCACCUGAAAAACUACACCAUUCCUAAUGAACAGCGCUACAUCAUCCGCAUCCUGUUCAUCGUGCCCAUCUACGCCUUCGACUCCUGGCUUAGUCUCUUGCUGAUCGGCAGCCACCAGUAUUAUGUUUACUUCGACUCGGUGCGCGACUGCUAUGAGGCCUUUGUGAUCUACAGCUUUCUGAGCCUUUGCUUCGAGUACCUUGGUGGGGAGAGCACCAUCAUGGCUGAGAUCCGAGGGAAGCCCAUUGUGUCGAGCUGUGUCUAUGGAACAUGCUGCCUGCAAGGCAUGGCCUAUUCCAUCGGGUUCCUCAGAUUUUGCAAGCAGGCAACGCUGCAGUUCUGCAUUGUGAAGCCCCUCAUGGCCAUCAUCACCAUCAUCCUACAAGCUUUUGGGAAAUACAAUGAUGGAGACUUCAACAUCCACAGUGGCUACCUUUACAUCACCAUCAUCUACAACGUCUCUGUCAGCCUGGCCCUCUACGCCCUCUUCCUCUUCUACUUCGCCACCACAGAGCUCCUGCGCCCCUUCGAGCCGGUCCUCAAGUUUCUCACCAUCAAGGCCGUCAUCUUCCUCUCCUUUUGGCAAGGGAUGUUGCUGGCAAUCCUGGAGAAAUGUGGGGUGAUUCCGGAGGUUCAGAUAAUCGAUGGCAAGUUGGUAGGAGCUGGGACUGUAGCUGCCGGCUACCAGAAUUUCAUCAUCUGCAUUGAGAUGCUCUUCGCCGCCAUUGCUCUUCGGUAUGCUUUUACCUGUCAGGUGUACAGGGAGAAAAAGGAGAGCGCAACAGCAAACCUCGCUCCAAUGCAGAGCAUCUCCAGUGGGCUGAAGGAAACCAUGAGUCCCCAGGAUAUCGUCCAGGAUGCGAUACACAACUUCUCCCCGGCAUACCAGCAUUAUACGCAGCAAUCCAUGCAGGAAGCUGGUGAGCCUGGACAGAAUGGGCAAGUGGAACCCAAAGCAGACAGCCAACAUGGCAAGAGGAGCAAAAGCAUUGAGAAGAGGGUGUUGAUCGUCUCUGACGACGAGCUAUAGGAUGGACGAUA